AUUCACAAUCCCAAUAAAUUCAAGAACCCCAAGAAAAGUAGCACGUGAAAACACCACGGAUCUGCACAAACCCACACGUUAAUGUCCCUGAACUCCCAAAACCCCCAACCCAAAAUUUAAGAACCCCAAGAAAAGUAGAAAACGCUCAUCGAUCUUCAAGCUUCCUGCUCCGGUCUGCAGAUCUGAUAAUUAAGUUCCCCUUAUCUUCAAGCUCAAGUUUUUUUUUUUUUUUUUUUUUUUUUUUUUUUUUUUUCUACCGGAAAUGGCCGACUGGGGACCAGUGUUGGUGGCGGUGGUGCUGUUUGUGCUUCUAACGCCGGGACUUUUGUUCCAGUUGCCAGGUCACAACAGGGUGGUGGAGUUCGGAAACAUGCACACCAGUGGCGCCUCCAUUAUUGUUCACGCCGUUAUCUACUUCGCCGUCCUCACCAUCUUCCUAAUCGCCAUCGGCGUUCACGUCUACGCAGGCUAGAAGCUGGGUUGUUUCAGUUUCCAAACCAAGACGCAACCCAUAACACGUUCAUGAGGCUCAAAUCUUUCUCCUUUUCGCUGCAAUCUAAUGAAUUCAAUUGGAAUGUAGUGACCGGCAGCUAUGCUUCACAUUUCCCCGAAAAUUAUGCUGGUUCCACCUGUCAUCAAUCGGUUCUAUAUUUCCGGCAAAACACUAGCAGAACUGGCGGCAACGAACCAGUUAUGGAUCCUCCUUUUUCCCUAAUUUGGAUUUUCCGACGGUUGUUCCCUUUUCGCCGAUUUCUCAUAUCCAUUACCAUUACGCCGAUGUAGAAGCAACCUGAAUGUGCGUGACAUUUCCGGGUUGGACCAGAAGUUGUUUGUGAAGUAGUUUGUUAAGUUUGUAGGAUUUUAUUUCGGAGCCCAGAUGAUGCAAUUGUUUAGCAGAUUGAUGUUCAAUAGCUUCUGUAUAUCGUCCACUAAAAUGACGUCUGUGUCAAGGUAGAUAACACGCCUAACACACUCGGGUCAAGUAUUUUAUCCAAAUAAUUUAGGGCGUAGUUCAAGGGGUUCUCGAGGGCCAUACAAAAUCUUUGCGGAAAAUUUAGGGCGUUUUGGUACUUCAGACAAACAUACACACAUAGGGCCGAAGGUGGUUUUUUUAGAACAAAAAAAAUAUGGCAGUUAAACCGAAUAUUGGCCGAACUAUAAUGACUUUUAUGUUAUUAAUCGCAAAUGACAUACGAUUUUAUUGCUAAA